CGUGUUCAACUCGAAAAUUCGUUAGUACAGUUGUAGACGCAUAGAAAUGAAGUUUAAUAUAGUGUUAUUGGCCACCGGCUUACUGCUGGCUAUGGCAACUGUAGCAACAGCAAUAACUUUUGAUGAAGAGCGCUUAGCACUCAAGCAAUUUGUCACAUCUGAGGAACGCAUACGCUCUCAUGGCUAUCCGGCCGAAUCGCACACCGUAGAGACCAGUGAUGGCUAUCUACUCACACUCUUCCGCAUACCUUACUCGCAUAAAUUGAAGAAUCAACGUGCCAAACGUCCAGCUUUCCUGUUGCAACACGGUUUAUUCAGCAACUCCGAUUGUUGGUUGAGCAGCGGUCCUGAUCACUCGUUGGCCUAUCUGUUGGCCGAUGCCGGUUUCGAUGUGUGGUUGGGCAAUGCCCGUGGCAACAUUUACUCGCGCGCAAAUUCGCAAAUCACUUUGAAUAGUCCGAAAUUUUGGAAAUUCAGUUGGCAUGAGAUUGGCACCAUUGACAUUGCCGCUAUGAUUGAUUACAUACGUAAUUUCACCGGUGAGCAGGCCGUGCAUUAUGCCGGCCACUCGCAGGGCACCACGGUCUAUUUGGCGCUCAUGUCUACGCGUAAAGAGUACAAUCCCAAAAUCAAAACGGCACAUCUAUUAGCGCCAUGCGCCUUCUUUAAUCAUGGCAGACACCCGAUCUUCCAACUGGGCGCAUUAGUCGGCACACCCGGCGGUCUGUGGAAUAGCAUACUCGAGGAUAUGGAGUUGAUGCCCAAAAACCAGUUGGUCAAUCGCAUUGCCGACACACUCUGCGGUCAACAACCCAAUUUGGGUAAACAGUGUAAAGAUGUCGUGCUUUGGUAUGCGGGCGAUGGUUAUCGCAACACAAAUCUGACUUCCAUGCAGGUGCUCAUUGAAACCCAUCCAGGUGGUUCGUCCAGUAAUCAGGGUAUACAUUAUCUGCAGCUAACUAAGUCGCAUAAAUUCCGUCAAUUCGAUUAUGGCACCAAGAAGAACCAACAGAUUUAUAAACAAGAUACGCCACCAGACUAUGACUUGAGUAAGAUUACCGCGCGCACCUACUCAUACUCGAGCGCCAACGAUGCAUUGUGCGGUCCACGCGAUGUUGACACUUUGGUAGAGAAUAUGCCUUAUUUGGUUGAGGAUUAUCGCGUACCAGAUCCUACUUGGAAUCACAUGGACUUCAUUGUGGCAAACAAAAUGCGUGAGGUGAUCAACGAUCGUGUUGUGCGCGCCGCUAAGACUUACGAGCGAAUGUAAUAUUGCAAAUAAAACAGUAAAUAGUUGAUACUUCAUUUAUUCAAAGA